CAAAGAUGAUAGAUAAAAAUGACAAAGCGACUUGAUACAAAAUUACAAACCAGACUUACAAACAUUACAAAAUAGUCCGACAAACACAACAAAAUGGCAUUGUCGCCGGAAAACCCUAUCAUCGGAUAAUCCCGCCACCGCCGACUCUCUCUCUCUCUCUCUCUCUCUCUCUCUCUCUCUCUCUCUCUCUCUAAGGAACGCCGAAAACGCCGAAAACCCCUGCCGCAGCCAACGGUGCGAGGAGAAGUCCAAGUAAAUAGACGCCAGGCCAUAUAUUUUUUAUUUUAAUUUACAAGUAAAUAAAUUGUAUAAUUACUAGCAUGUCAUUCAUUAAAUUAGAUUAAUUUGAGCCAUUGAAUUUUAAUGAGGUGCACUGAGAUUCACUUACUUAGGGGCGUUUGCUUCAUGGAUUUGGAUGUGAGAUUUGGUUCUUAAAUCCAACACAUGAAGGAUUUGUCCAAAAGUCAUUGUUUGUUGAGCCAAAAUGGAGGGUACAAAAUUUGUGGGGGUCCACUGAUUUGGGUCUCCAAAUCCGUGGGCCUCACGAAUUUGUAAAUCCCACCUAUUUACUUUGGAUUUGAAGAAGGAAACAAAUCCUUCAUGAAAAAUUACUUGUAUAUCCCUUUAUAAUUUAUUUAUUCCAACUUUACUCGUCAUUAGUUAUUCUUUGCAGGUUUAAUUCAUCCGCAUAGCCAUAACUUUCACGGUUUUGACAAAUAUAGCCACUUUUUGAAUAAUACACAGAUGUAGCCACACUUUUCAAACAUCUUUGACUUAUGUAGCCAUUUCCCUGAAAACAUUUGAUGGAGUUAACGUCUCCGUCAGUUAAGUGGACGUUUUGCUGAUCUGUCCGCAAAAUGGAUGACACGUCAUUGCCAACCGGAUGGACUUAGCCACGUGGACGCCACAUCAGAUAAUAAAAAAAUUAAUAUUAAAAUUAUUUAACUCUCUCUCUCUCCAUUGUCAUCGUUUUCAUUCCCAUCCUCACUUAUUUUCUAGCAUCCCACCUCCCAGCAGUCUUCCCCAAUUUGCAGAGCCACCUUUCCAUUCAAGUAUAGUGACUUUCCUUGAAAUAGAUAGGGAAAAAACAGAGGGUCGCGGCCGUGGGCUUCUUCUUCUCAGUCGUUUGGUUUCCUUCCUUUCCCUAAUCGAUCAGUCCCCCUCAAUCCUAGUAAUUAAAGCAAGCAAGCAAUCAAAAGGCGUUUGGAAGAAUGAAACAAAGAUUGAGAGGCGGAAGAAGUUCAAACUUCUCAUCGGCAAAGUGGAUGACCCGACCGGCAAAAUAGGGCAAGGCCGGCGCUUCGAGGAGGAAACAAGGGAAAGGGUUCAUACAUCUUUCACCUUCUUCACCAGAUCCAGAUUUGUGACUCCUCCCUUCAAAACCCUCUCUUUCCCCAUCAAUUACUCUAUUCCGUCGUGACACGGGCGGUGCAUCCAUCACACAUUCACUCAUACAUAUGUAAAAACAAAAACCAGAUCAUUCCACCAACACACCCGAAAGCGCACCACACAUGCUCCAAAAAGCCUGCAACCAAAAAGAUACAGAAACAAAAACCACAGUGCUUCCUGCUGACCAUACAAUCAAAAUCCUUCGUUAAUCAGCAACAACAACAAUGGCGGCCUGGCUAUUUGUCAUGGUUCUGGCUGCCGUUGCUGCUGUGUGGAAGAUCUGGCAGCUGUUCCGGCAGGUGGUCUGGUCAUACUCCUUCGUUUCCGGGUCCAUGGAGGAAGUGAAGAGGCUGCAGUCAUUGAGGUUUGCAGAUUUCCAAUUGAGUUUUUGGGCUAGGGAUUUCAAAAUUAGUAGGGAUACGAGGAUUUUAACGUUUGAAAAUUAUGUGGGGAAGUUUAAAUUGAUGGGUGCCCUUUUAAUGGCGGAGAAGCGGCAGCACAAGAAGAAGAAGGGGAAGAAGAUGGAUGGGUGUGAGGUUUGACGGAAGGAGAGGAUAGGAGGGCAGGUAGGUGAAAGGGUAAAGUAGCUUUUUGGUUUUUUUUUAAUUAAUGAAAUUUAAAAUAUAUUCCACUUGGCAUUGCCACGUCAAUGAAAAAUCACCACGUCACCAACAAUCAUUUGUCCAGUCGGCAGUCAUGAUAGUGUCGUUAAACUCUUGGACGGAAUGGUUAUAUCUGUGUAUUUUUUAAAAAGUGGCUAUAUUUGUCAAAAUCGUGAAAGUUAUGGCUAUGUAGGUGAAUUAAACCUUCUUUGCACUACUACGAUUGCCUCUUAUAGCUACAAACUUAGCCAUGAAAAGUAAUAUUGUAGCUAAUAACAUGCUAAUGACUACAUAAUCUAUGUCAUAAGCUAAUAACAUGCUAAUGACUACAUGAUUUAUUUCUCAUGGCUAUUUGUGAAGGUCUUUGUCACACACUUAUUUUGCCACAAACGUAUGAUUAUUUUGAUUCAAAUUUUGAUUUGGAUGGCAAGUAAUACCCUUUUGCUACAAACUACAUUUGUUGUUAAAAUAGUAAUUCUAACAAACAAAUUUUAGCCAAGAAUUGUAAGAUUACAACUAUAUAUUGUGAUUAUCUACACAUUUUAAUAUCUCGUGGCUACUAAUUUUACGAGCUUGCUAUAAAAUGUCAAUUUAAAAGCACAAAUUAACAAUAUGACCACAAGAUUAAAAUUAGAAACACAAGUAAAGUUAUAUAAAUCUAACAUGAAGAAGGGUAGUAAGGUAAUAUACAUCUUAAAGAUAUAAGGGUUAAUAUUUUCGUAUGGCCUGAACUUUGACUAAAAUAAACAUCCUGGCCAAUCUUUUCGAUCUAUAACAUCUUGGCCCGAACUAUACACUAAAAUAAAUAAUUUGGUCAAACCCGAUGUUUGACGGUUAACUUGGACGGUCAAACGGUUGACUAACGGUCAACAUGCCACGUCACUGCCACGUCAGAAGAUCUGAUACAUAUUUAAUGUUUUUCGUUUUUUAUUUUUGGUUUAACUAAGGUAUUAGAUGAUUUUUUUAAUUUAUAAUAAUUUAAAAUUAGGGAAUGUGUGGAAAUUGUGAAUGAUUUUAAAUAUUUUAAGUUGACUUGGCAGUGACAUGGCGUGUUGACUAAUGGUCAACCCGUUUGACCGUCCAAGUUAACGGUCAAAAGUCGGAUCUGGCCAAAUUGUUUUUUUUUAUGUAUAGUUCGGGCCAGGAUUAUAUAGAUCGAAAAGAUUGGCCAGGAUGUUUAUUUUGGUCAAAGUUCAGGCCAUACGAAAAUAUUAACCCAAGAUAUAAAUCCAUAACCCAUAAAUCCAUGAUCAAAUCAACUAAGCAAACAAUGAACUUUUUCCAAAUCCGUAAGCAACAAAUCCCUAACAAAUCCUUGAGUUUUUAAAUUAGAAAAUCUUCAUUUUCAAAUCCAUGAAGCAAACAACCCCUAUUUGACUAAUGGAGCCCGUAGACCAACUCCAAUGCAAGACCCCAAAUUUGGGGACCUUCAUCCCCAAAUUUGGGGAUUGCCCCCAUUUUUUACAAUUUGGCUCCAAUGCUACCAACCUCAAAUUUGGGGAUCUCCAUUUUAUCCAUGUUUACAUUUACUUAAAAAUGUACUUAUUGAAGCCUUAAUAUAAUUCGUUAAUGUUAAUUUUUGUAGAGUUCGUCAUCAUUUUAAGAUACAAAUUUUUCAAUAGAAUUUUUUCAAAUUUCGAGACCGAAUCUUUUUGGAGAAAAAAUUAUGGACCUAAUUUUGGUUUACACACAACACUUGGAAAUGAUAAAGCUAAAGGAGUUCACAUAAUAAUUUAAAUGAUACAACUUAGAGGUUACACUCAACACUUGCUAAUGAUAAAGCUUAAAAAUAACACACAACACUUGAAAUGAUAAAGAUGAAACACAUAACAUGUCAAUAAUCGCCCAGAAUGGAACAGUAAUUCCCGUAAUCUCCUCCUCCAUUUUCAUCUCCUCCUCCACUCUCAUCUCCUCCUAAUACAAAUUAAAUAGACAA